AGCGCGUGUGCGGCCAGGGCGUCCCGGCCUCGCUCCCCAAGCUCGGGGUUGCACCCUCGGAGCACAGGCAAGGAUCGGUUUCGGUCCCCUGGCUGCGCCACCGCGCCGCCGCCGCGCGCUCCCGGCCCUGGUCCAGGAGGGAGCGCGGGGAGACGCGGCCCAAGCCCUCCAUGCUCGCGGCCCACGUGUAGCCGAGGGUCUUGGCUCCCCCGCCCUGCGGUGACUGGGGGGGGGGGGACCCUACUCCGCGCCUGUGACGCUCUGGCCACUUCACAAUGCGUCCCGGCCUGGCCUUCUGAUAGCCCCGCGGCCAGAGCAGGGAUCAGGGGCCCCCAAAACGGUGCAAGGCGAACCCCGGUGUCUUAGGCUGGGACUGAAGUCGCAUUUGUACACCUUCAAAUGGCCGGCUUGUAAUGGAACUCGGGGGAGGGCGUCAUCCCAGGCGUGGAAAGAAAGGGAUGGGGUGAGCCCCAAAGGUAACUGGAAAGAGGGAGUUCAAGCUAGGAAACACUACGGCCUUCAUUCUGAAAGCGAAAGGCUCCCUGAAUUCCUCAUGGAGUUGAGAAUCCUCACCUCUGCUGAUGAUUGAAUAAGGGACACGGUCUCUGCCUCAGCGUGGCACAAAUAUCUGCUGAAAAUCUAGGCCAGGCCAGAGAAGAUCAUUUGGUCCCCUUGCCCACAGCACUGCCAGGAGACGUACCCAGGUCACAGACGGUGGCACUACCCACCCGUGGGAUCCCUGCAGACAGAGAUGGGCGGGAGCUCACACCGGGCAGAGCCGUGUGGCUGAGGGGCGUGUGUGUGUGUGUUUCAUACGGUGGGAGGGCCUGACCAGUCGGACCCCCGUUGGUGUGGGCUGGGUCCUGCCAGGGGUGGGGCUGGAGGGCUUUAGGCAGCUCUGAGGUCCCUGCCCCUCUGUCCUCAGAGUAGCUCACACUUUACCUCUUUUAUAUCCUGGAGCUCUUGGGAACACCUCGCUGAAGAGAAUUGGGGUUCUGCUUAUAAAACAGGGUUGAAAUCCACUGUGUAGACAAUAGUGAAGAAUCCAUUCAUGUCUUGGAACCGGAAGAAGUGGUCCGAUCGGCUCUGUAUUUUGAAGCUCACCCUGGCAGCAGCGUGGAAGGCGCCUGCAAGCCGGAUGCCCUCGGUGGAUGAAAGAUGCAUCAUGGAAUGAAGCCGAGCCCGGGAAACGGAUUCCUGGAGCCGCCGCCGCCGCAGCCGCCGCCCCCCCGCAGGCUCCUGGCCGCUGUCCUGUGGUUCCAGCUGGCGCUGUGCUUUGGCCCCGCGCAGCUCACAGGCGGGUUCGAUGACCUUCAGGCGUGCGCGGACCCAGGCGUCCCCGACAACGGCUUCAGGACGCCCAGCGGAGGGGCUUUCCCUGAAAGCUCUGUCACCCAGUUUCACUGUGAAGACGGGUUCAAGCUGAAGGGCCCCACAAAGAGACUGUGUGUGAGACACCCUAACGGAACCUUCGGCUGGAUCCCCAGCGAUAAGCCUGUCUGUGCACAAGAAGAUUGCCGCGUCCCUCAGGUGGAAGAUGCUGACGUUGGUAACAAGACCUACAGACACGGAGAUAAGCUGAUGGUCACCUGUCACGAAGGCUUCAAGAUCCGUUACCCCGACUUGUACAACAUGGUUUCCCUGUGUCGCGAUGAUGGGACCUGGGACAACCUGCCCCUGUGUCAAGGCUGCCUGCGACCACUCUCCUCUUCUAACGGCUAUGUGAACAUCUCCGAGCUGCAGACCUCCUUCCCCGUGGGGACUGUCAUCUCCUACCACUGCUUUCCCGGGUUUAAGCUGGAGGGGUCAGAGCGUCUCGAGUGCUUACACAACCUCAUCUGGUCGUCCAGCCCACCCCGGUGCCUUGCUCUGGAAGUGUGUCCGCUGCCUCCCACCGUGAGUCACGGCGAUUUCGUCUGCCACCCGAGGCCUUGCGAGCGCUACAACCACGGGACCGUAGUGGAGUUCUACUGCGACCCUGGCUACAGCCUCACCAGUGAUUACAAGUACAUCACCUGCCAGUACGGGGAGUGGUUCCCGGCCUACCAGAUCUACUGCAUCAAGUCAGAGCAAACAUGGCCCAGCACUCAUGAGACCCUCCUGACCACGUGGAAGAUCGUGGCAUUCACGGCAACCAGCGUGCUGCUUGUGCUGCUGCUGGUCAUCCUGGCCAGGCUCUUCCAGACCAAGUUCAAGGCCCAUUUCCCCGCCAGGGGGCCUCCCCGGAGUUCCAGCAGCGACCCGGACUUCGUGGUGGUGGAUGGGGUUCCCGUCAUGCUUCCGUCCUACGAUGAAGCCGUGAGCGGUAGCUUGAGGGCCUCAGGCCCCGGGUACCUGGCCUCCAUGGGCCAGGGCUGCCCCUUGCCUGUGGACGACCAGAGCCCCCCAGCAUACCCCGGCUCAGGAGACACGGACACGGGCCCAGGGGGGUCAGAACCUUGCGACGGCGCCUCAGCCUCCUCUGAGCUGCUCCAGAGUCUGUAUUCACCUUCUGAGUGCCAAGGGGGCCCCCGGCCUGACAGCGUUGACAUGGGGUCUGGCACGGCGGGGGAGACGGCAUCUAGCAGCCCUGGCAUCGACAUUGCAGACGAGAUCCCUCUGAUGGAAGAAGACGCCUGAGCAGCAGAGCUCCGACGAUUCUCCUGCCCCUGGGGGUGUGACCUGGGCACCCUGGGGUGAGGCCUCACGGAGACAGAGCUGGAGACAGAGCUCGGGGGCUCUGGGGAGUUCCAGCUUUGGGGGCAGUGACUCACGUCAUCCAUUGCGGACCUGACUCUGCGGCUGGCAGGCUGGUGGUGGCGGUGUGCACGACGCUUGAGAGGAGCGGGGGCCCAGGGGACCUGGGCGGUCCCGGAGAAGGUGUCUGGUGGUCCCCGCUGUGGAGCGAUCCCGUGACGUGUGCUAUGGGCACUGCCUGCCUCCUCUGUAAGCAUGUCCCUCACUAAUUUGCCCCGUGGUACGCUGUGCUCAACUCGGGCUCCAUCUGGGGGCUCGACCCACGGGAGGCCCGGGGAAGGCUCCCAGGCACUUUGGGGCAACCGCUCCUUGACCGAUGCUGCGCUCAAAGCGGGUGCGGCAGUUGCAAUGAGGGAGGAAAGAAGAAAGGAGGGCGGACCCUGCCUUCUGGAAGUUUGUCCAGAAGAGGAGUUUCUGCCCUCCAGGGCAUUCUUUGGGGAAGCAUGAUCAGCAUCUGUCCACGGACUGGCGCACGGACGGUGCAUCGGGUCCCUCUGGUGACUUCGUGGCUGGCCGGAUGUGGUCAGACACAUCACCUGGCAGGGAACGUUACAAGGUAACGUUGCAUUUGGUGUUUCGAGGAGUUGUGGAACAAUGUGUCUCAAGGGUCACGAGCCCCCUCAUUACCCAUUAUGGGGUCGCCCCCAUACAGCCAUACAGUUUAUUUUCCAAAACAGAAAUUGUUUCUGUAAACAUGUUCCUCCUCCACAUAAAGUAUGAGGUUGGAUUUUUUUCUAUUUUGUCUGCAAAUUAGACCUGCCGCCCAGCCUAGACGGCUGUCCCCUCCCUCCAGGGGGCCAUGGCCACCCCCCUGCUUGUGCACCUGCUGUGUGCGCCUCCCCGGACCCACUGGGGGCUGUUCCUAAGAAACUGAUGGAUGAAAAACUUUCCUGAGUCCUGAAAUGUCUCCUCAAAUACAUGUUCAUCUGUGGAUUCGAUUUCUUUCUUCCUCUGGGCUUUUAGACAAAUAGAAACAAAACUCUGAUCCAUAAAAUUGCUACAUGGUUGGAGCGCAAAAGCUGGGAGCUUGGUCAAAUCCUGGUUUACCCGGACACAGACUGAUUAAAAAUUAAAAACAAAAUGA